AUGGUCGGACGGGGACUUUGGCUAUGUAAGCCCCGGCUUGGGAAGCGAGGGAGCAGGCUCAGUGCUUUGCCAAUUUUGUGCGCCGCGGGAGCGAGCCUUGCCCUGCUGGCUCUUCUCUUCGUGGACUUCAUUGAAUUAUGGGUCACCUCUGUGAGGAUGAACAGGGUGGUGGAGCCGCAUGCAGGCAUCAUCCCCCCGCAGAGCGUCCCCCCCACCAGGCCCGAGGAGUUCCUGCUCAUGCCCAGCCCGCUCGUGUGCCAACGAGCUAAACCUUACCUCAUCACCAUGGUUACCUCUGCUCCUGCUAAUCAGAGGGCCCGUCAGGCCAUUCGUGACACUUGGGGAGGAGAGGUGGAGGUCAGGGGCCUGCGGGUCAUGACCCUAUUCAUGGUAGGGGUGGCGUCUGACCCUGGACUGGCCAAGCUACUGAUAGAGGAAGCAAGAGAAAGAGGAGAUCUGAUUCAAGGGCGUUUUGUAGAUGCCUACUCCAACCUCACCCUGAAGACCUUGUCCAUGCUGGGCUGGGCCCGUCGGUUCUGCCCACAGGCUCACUUCAUGGCCAAAGUAGAUGAUGAUGUUCUCUUCAAUCCCAGUGCCCUCCUGCACUUCUUGAACAAGAGCCGCAACCCUUAUGAACAGGGAGAUUUGUACCUUGGGAGAGUUCAUCUUCGUGUGACUCCGGACAGGGAUCCGGACAGCAAGCACUACCUCCCUGCUGGGGUCUACCCCGCCUCUGUUUUUCCAGACUAUUGCAGUGGCACAGCUUAUGUCCUGUCCCGCUCUGCAUUGCUCAAAAUCUCUUUAGCAGCCUCUGCAACACCUUUAUCCAACCCUCUGCCCCCUGAAGAUAUAUUUGUGGGUCUGUGUGCCCGGGCAGCUGGUGUCCUGCCCUCACACUGCCCUCUCUUCUCCGGAGGCCCUGCUGUGCCAUACGGACGCUGCUGUUAUCAGGCUAUGGUCUCCAUCCACCACACCACACCAAAGGAGAUGCUGCAUUACUGGGCUGACAUCCAUGCAUCACAGCCGUGCUCGUGGCUGACUGUGCGAGCUUCUUUGGGGAUAUGCAAAGUCCGAGCUAUGAUCGGGACAGCUCUGGGGCUGGAGCAGGGGUCGUGA